ACUGAAUAAUGAGCAGUAAACAAGGGGACCGGCAGAGACGGGGGAGGUCCAGCUUCCACUGGGCUCCAGCCUGUGCUCCUGGAAGCUAAUGGCAGUAAAAUGAGAGGAGCCCAACAACAGGAGCAAUGACGACAGACAGCUUCCAGCCCAACGGGACCGUAGCGUGGGGACAGCAGGACGAGGACGGAGGCACGCAGUUUGGGUCCAGAGUGUUUAACAUCACCCUCAUCGCUCUGUCCUUGUGUGUCCUCACCAUCACCGGCCUCUACGCCAUCACUGUCUGCUACAGCCGCACCAGGCAGUCAAAAAGAGCCCAUAUGUAUGAGAGUGCAGUGAGCCAGUGUGAGCCCGUGGACCCUGUGGCUGUCAGAGCAGUGAAGAGGUCGAGCAGCUUCACCAACCCUCUCACCUUCUUCAGGAAACAGGAAGCUGCAAAGGACAACUCCCGGAUCUACUACAUCUACAGCAACCCGCUGCCCGUGGGGCUAAAAGAGGAAGAGGAGCAGAGGAGGCAGAAGGCAGCCCAGGAUUCAGAGGAGCAGGCCGCCCUGUCGCUGACCCCGUCACUUCAAGAGUACGCCAGAGAUCCAAACAGUGGCGUCACCCUGGACCCCCCCGUAUUUUACAUGCAGCUGUAGAGGGCUUUUCUCCAUGUAGGAGCCACUGAGGGGGUUCUGUUACGCAUAGAGUUUACUUCACUGCCAUUCUAUUGUUAGCGAGCAGCAGUAGCUUCAGUGGAGCUUUGUUAAAUCUAAAAAAACGAUUGGUGGCUGUAGAGAGGAUUCAUGAGGAUGAAUAAAUAAAACCUGUCUUCAUGUUAAUCUGUCAACUGCAAAAUCAAGUUUGGUACAAGAACAAACAGGAUGCGUAAGCUGAUGGUGAAUAAUGGUGCCCAAAGUAUCUAGGCAUCACUAGUAUUAGUGGACUGUUCUGCUCCUACCUUCACUAACUAUUGAAUAGAAAACCUAGCUCGAAAGUCCAUAUACUUCGAUAUAACGAGGACCACCUACAGUACAGUGGCUACCACUGUAAUAAGCAGUUACUCUUCAGUCCAAAAGUAGUAAAAUAACAACAAGAUCACAGAUUUUUAGUGACAUUUAAUAAAACUGCUGGUAUGAUGAGCUUUACAAAAGAAGCAAUGUGUGAGACAAAGAGAAACAUGAGUCAAAUACAGAUGAUCACCGCUGCACGUCCUGGGCCACGAGCUCAGAUCGGCUGCGUCUCUCUGACGAGCCACUCCAGCGCCUCCUUCCUGCCCUGUCUGUCCAGCUCCGCUCCAACCACCUCGCGGCACUUCCUGUGGUAGUCGUUGAGCCAGGCGAGCUGAGGGACGAGGAGCAUGCGGGGUGUUAAACGUCGAGCAUGAUGCCAUAGGAGCACAUCAAACACUCACAUGUACCACGUUGCUAGUCUUAAUCAGUUUCUGUUCAUUGUAAAGUAGACUAUGUUUGAUGUGCAUUGUUUUCUAUCUGCCAAUAAAUAGCUUUUAAAAUGAA